GGAUCAUCGAACGGAAAUGAAUCGAUAAUAGCUGUGGGCAGACCUGACUAAUCCAGUAUAUAACACAUCACACUGCUGUCGCGAAUUGAGAAAGUUUUUCGCGUCCGACCGUGUUUUAAAACAGAGCCGUGCCUCUAUAAGACAUUGUAAUAAUGGACUACAGAAUUUUGUUUUUCCUGAUCCUAGCAGUUGGGUGCAUCUACGCCGAGCAAAGUACGACGGCACUAUGCGCUUGUCCGAAGAUUUAUUCUCCAGUCUGCGCAUCCAAUGGCAAAACUUACAACUCCCCUUGCGAGUUCCGCUGCGACGCCGAAGAUAUCAAGUUGAAGACUGGUGCAACAAUCCAUAUAGUCAGAAAUGGAAGAUGUAAAAACGAUUAGCACUAAUACGUUUUUCUGUUUCCACAAUUUUUCGAUAAUAAAACCAAAUUAA